AUUUCGCCGUACCCUCGGCGUUUUGAGACCGCGACUCGGAAACCGGCGACAAGCUAGGAGGGGUCGCUAUGGAUCCAGCAGGAGCACCGGUGACUAACAACAUCGCCGGCGGAGAAGGCGAGAAGUUCUCCGUCGGGAACGUUUACUCCGUCAAGGUGGUCACCGGUGAUGAGUUCCAGGGGAUCGUCAUGGCGUAUGACCCCAAUCCCAACUUCGUCGUUUUUGAAGAGGGUUUGAAACCUAAACCUGGGCAUUCGAAGAGCACUCGGAUGGUGAAUGCUAAUUUCAUUACCGAAUUCACUUAUCUGGGUCGAUCCGAGGAUCCGCUUGUUACCAGCCAAUGUUCUGUUGAUCUCGCCGGACUUCAAUCCAAAGAGGCAAACGCCGUCAGGCAAGCGGAAUUAGAUGCCGAGAGGAUGGGUGUGGGAGUCACCACAGAGGCGCAGAGCAUCUUUGAUGCAUUGUCUAAGACGCUCCCUGUGCAGUGGGACAAAUCAGACAUUGUGGUGAUGAAAGAAGUGCGAGUUCGUAGCCCAUAUCUUCCCGACUGCGUCCAAGGAGGAACUGCUGCUGCCAAUAAUCGAGUCAGGAAAGUGCUUGAGCUGGAGAGACAAAGGAUGCAACGCCUUGGUUGAGCACAGGUGAUGGAGCUGGCCAAAAAGGGUAUGUAGCCUACUAAUCCAGAAUCCGCAUCAGAUUAUUAGAGUUUGAGUUGCAAGGGAUAUGGUUCUGUUAAGACUGGUUUUACAGAGAGCCUUGGCCUUUGUGUGCCUGGUCGGAUUAUAAUUUAUAUCUCUAAUGCUUGAUCUUAUUAAAGAGAGAUACCCACAGAUAAACCGACCCAUGUUGACAUUUUUUUUCUCCCUUUUAAUGUGGAAAAGUCCCCAUCUCUCUUAAGCUA